CAAGAUCAGUCUUGGGUCUUCAGAGUGGAGAAAGCAUCAAGAUUCUUUUCAUUUGACAAAACGAUUUGAACACGAUGACACCUGCAAAGUUUGUCUUUUAUCUGACAUGUUUGUUCCUGGGGAAAUUGGUCCAGAAGACCCAUCUGCAACCACAGGCAUCUGUUAAUCAAGAAAAAGAUUUUAUCUUAGCUGAUGUUGGAGAAAAUGUGAGUUUGCAUUGUUUCUAUGAAGGUGACGAUUCAGCGUGGAUCUUGUGGUAUAAGCAAAUUCUGGGACAGAAACCGAGGCUAAUCUCUACCUUCUACGUGUACGAUACAAAAAUCACUUUUCAUGAUGAAUUCCAGAACAAUCCACGGUUUACACUGGAUACAAAAAACAGAAGAAAUAACUUGAACAUUUCAGAUUUGAAAAUCAAUGACUCAGCUACUUACUACUGUGCAUGCAGCUAUAGAUUUGUGUUAACUUUUGCAGAGGGUACCAUUGUCAAAGUAAGGGAGGCAGGUUUGAAAAACCCAGCUUUAGUCCAGCAGUCACCAUCUGAGACCGUCCAGCCAGGAGGCUCUGUGACUCUGAACUGCACAGUACACACUGGGACCUGUGAUGAAGAACACAGUGUUUACUGGUUCAAAGAAACAGAAGCAUCUCGUCCAGGACUGAUUUAUACUUAUGGAGGCAAAAAUGAUUAUUGUAGGACGAAAACUAACCCACAAGCAGACGCCUGUAUCUACAACCUGCCAAUGAAGGAUCUGAAUCUGUCUCAUGCUGGGACCUACUACUGUGCUGUUGAUUCAUGUGGACACAUAGUGUUUGGAAACGGGACCAGAUUGGAUCUUAGCCGUGAGGCAGAUUUUCUUGUCUUGGUGUACUACUUGAGUGGAGCUUUGGCAUUCAGUACCAUCCUGGUUCUCCUACUGGUUUUCUCAGUAUGCAAGACAAUCAAGAGAAACAACUGCCUUUGCCCAGAGUCUCAUGCACAAUUACCAACUCCUUCAACAGCAAAUUCAGAGGCUUGUCAAGAUGCAGACAGCCUCCAUUAUGCAGCUUUAAGUGCUAAGCAACUUAACAGAUCAAGAAGACAGAAAGACAACACCAAGAGUGAAUGUGUGUACUCCAGCAUAAAGCAGUAAAUAUGGACAUUUCAAUGUUUAAAUGUUGAUCAGACAAAACAAUUCUACAUUCUGUUCAAUACAAUUUAUGACCAGUACUAACAUUCUAGCCCAACUGCAACUGGAAAAUCGGGGGAAUGCAUGUCUGUAGCUUGUCUCCCAUCCAUAUUCCAACAGGAUUCAUUCGCUGUUACUUGAGGAAUUAUUAUUUUUAAAUACAUAUACAUUUCUGAUCAGUAUGUAUUCAUUUUAAUAAAUAUUUGAUCUCAAGGUUGUAAAAAAACUGUUAUUUAAGAGAUACUCUCUGUAUAAAUGAAGUUUUCGUGCCAGACUACAAACAAAUUCCAAGGUUUCAGUUUUUUCCUCCUUUUUUGAACCGUUUUAUUGGAUUUUAGGCAUUCACAUUUACUAAAAAACCAGUACUGUGACUAAAUAAAGCUGCUAGGCUAUGGCUGUAGACUCUCUUUUUCAUUUUAUCUCUGUCAGUGCAACAUCAAUGAUCUUGUGUUUUGAGCCAUUCCAAAUUGCCAGUAUUACUACUUCAGGUACUAUACAGAUUAGUACCAGAGCCAAUCUAGGAAUUUGCUGCAAUUAAUUUGAAGCUAUAGAAGAGCAUCGUCAAGAGAUAGGUCACAGCAAAUAGAAGAUGAACCAGUUAAAUUAUUAUAUACACUUUUUUCUAAAAAUAUAUACUGGUGGCUACCAGUGCAAUCCCUCAGCCUCCUACUAGAUGUAUUGUAUAAAUUUGAAAAUACCAAGUGACAUUCUUCUUGAGUGACAUUCCCAACACUUAGAAAAACCUUAUCUUUGACCUUGACCUGUAGGUCAAGCUCACUGAAUUCUAAAAUAUAAAUGUAUGCUAUCACUUUGAAAACCCUAGGAGAGAUCUUCAUUUAUGGUGUUCACAAGAAUUCAAGAACACAUUCCCCCUGAUCUCACAAAUAUUCAAAUUCAUCCAAGAAUUUUAGUAGAUAUGAGUUAUUGUGUUCACAAGAUUUUCAGUAAAUCUGACCUCUGAUCUUGAUCAAGCUCGCCAGGAUUCCAGAGUCGUCUCUAUUUUUUAAGGCGGCUGAGGUCUUUUAAACAUCUGUUGAACAAUGGUCAGGAUUUUGUCUGUUGCACAUUCUCUACAGUGAAAAUAACAAAGUUCUCAUUUUAAAGUAAAAUGUCAAUCAUAUACAUGUAGUUUCCCUCUCUGUAAUGUUCUGGAUAUUUAUAAUUUAGCUAUUUGUAUAUAGUAUAGCUAGUUCUUAUAUUUUGUAAACUUUGUAAUAUACUGUAUUAUUUAAUUCAGCAUGUUCACAUGUUCAGCAUGUUACUGUUCUUACUGUCUUGGAGCAACUGUAAAUACAUACUUUCCAUAGGGAUUAAUAAAGUAUUCUGAUUCUGAA